AUGAUGGAUCCGAUCCAGUCAUCGGACAUGUCGCAGAAGUCUGCUGAUAUACCCGAAGACGUUCCUGCUGAUGCUCGCAAUAUGCCCGCCAUGCUGUUGCCGUCCGCAGAAGAGUGGGUAGACGAAGAGGCAGGACAGCCAGCAGUCGCACAGUCCAAUGCGCCACUUCCAAUCACUCCAUCUGCUGCUGUCGCCAGCGCGCAGCCAUACUUAUUCAGCCCUCGACUACAGACCACCAGCCACGACCAGCAGCCAGCAGCGCCGACACCGCAUAACCUACCGGCAAUGUUUGGCGCUGGCGCCACAUCACAGUCGUUCACAUUCAUCCUUAUAUCGCGGCCCGAUGGCCACGGUUAUGGCCAGUACCUGGCCGUGCCGACGCCGUCCAGCCUUGCGACAGUGUCUGGUCCUGCAGGUAGCGCUGCCUCACAACCACUCUCAUCUGUCCCUGCUGCGACACCAGCCUCUAGCCAUCGUCCGCGGUUCCUAGUACCAGGCGAUCCCAUGUACUCGGACGAGGAGGAAAUCGUCGACGAAACAGAUAUUGCUCCAAAGCCCUCGCGCUAUGAUCUGCGGCAUGCGCGCGAUUACGUCCCGCCACCAUCAGCGCCACCUCCACCACCGGUUCCUGCUCCAGCGCUCCCACAAGCAGCUCGGCAUCCGCACCAGUAG